CUUGGGCGUGUUGUCUUUGAACACAAAAAAGACACUAGUAUGGCCCUUUAAAACUAAGCCUCACCCUUUACACGCUGAAGUUUGUGACGUUAUUUACCUGUCGGCAGGUGUAGGAUGUGGUUUUAAUGCGCGAGCUGGAAGAUCUAAGAUGCUUCUGCUCAAAAGGAGUUUUUAUUUUUAUAUAAAGCUCAGAUUUUGGAUUAUAAGACAGCUGAAGUAGGUGUGUAUUUGAUUGUAUGGCUCUGAAAACUGCUUCCCAAGUUAUCAGUGUUUUUGGAGACAGAUUUCCAUAAAUCGCUGAAAGGAAUCAGGAACUGAACAUACGGGAUUUGUGAACACUCCUCGAAUUGUCCUAAACUAAGUGUUAAACUGACUGUCGGAUGAGAUGUCGUGGGAAAUACCUUAACAUGAUAAAGAAUCGCGUUUGAUGACAUCUUUGGAUCAUCAUAGAAAUAAACGUUCCCAGAAGAAUGGCAUUAAAACGAUCGUCUUCCAUGAAAACCCAGUUGGUCGAUGCCAUCCAGCUUGAAGAAGUUGAGCUGGAGGAAGAAAUCAAUACCAGCACCAGCAAUAACAUACCUGCAGAACCUGCACAGGUCAAAGCAGUCCACACAGAACCAAAAUGCUACACCGUGGAGGAGGCUGUGGAGAGCAUUGGCUUUGGACGCUUUCAUAUUCUGCUUUUUGUCAUCAUGGGUAGUGCCAAUAUAAUAGAGGCGAUGGAGAUCAUGUUGUUGGCUGUGGUUUCACCUGAGAUCCGCUGUGAGUGGCGCCUUGAGGAUUGGCAGGUGGCUCUGGUCUCCACGAUGGUGUUUUUCGGUUUCAUGAUUUUUGGGGUCCUCUGUGGCUAUGUUGCGGACAGAUAUGGACGCUGGAAGGUAGUGUUUGGUGGCUUUAUAUGGGCCUCAUAUUUUUCUCUGCUCACUUCAUUCUCUCCAUCAUAUGGCUGGUUUAUCUUCCUGCGCUGUAUGGUGGGCUGUGGUGUGGCGGCCACAUCUCAAGGGUUUGUUCUGAAAACAGAAUUUAUUCCAGCCAAAUAUAGAGCAUUCCUGCUCCCUCUUGCCUCAAUCUUCUGGAUGCUUGGAUCUAUGUUUAUUAUCAUUCUUGGCAUGACUGUGGUCCCCACGAUGGGCUGGCGUUGGAUGAUUCGUUUUUCCGUAAUCCCCAGCCUCAUACUCAUCGGACUCUUUUUGUUUAUUCCUGAGUCUGCACGGUAUCAGGUGUCAGCAGGUAACGUCCAGGGAGCCAUGUCUACGCUUAAUUGGAUUGCUAGGAUGAAUCGUGCCACCCUACCUGAAGGAGAACUGAGGGAACCUGAAGUGACAGAAAGAGGAAAUGCCAUAACUCUGAUCAGCCCAGCUUUUAGAAGAACAUCCCUUUUGCUGUGGUACUCAUGGUUUGUGGCGUCCUUCUCCUAUUAUGGUUCAGUCCUCAGCGGCUCUGAAUUACUGGAGAAGAAUCUUCUGUGUGUGACGGACGCUGACCAAGAGCACCAGAUCAAACACAACCAGGAGGAGGCGCUGUGCUACUGCAUCCCAUUCAACAUUACUGAUUACCAAACACUUCUCAUCAGCUGUUUAGGCGAGGUUGCACUCAUCCCUCUGAAUAUCGGCCUGUUAAAUAUAUUCGGACGAAAACCCAGCAUGGUCAUAUUGUUGGUACUGUCUGCUGUUUUCUUCAUGCUCGUUAAUAUUUGCACAACAAUGUUUGGUUUCACAGUGCUGCUCUUCCUUCUUCGCUCUGUGGUCGCCAUGAAUUUUAAUGUGGUUUAUAUUUACACAGCAGAGGUGUAUCCUACAGCUGUGCGCUCAAUAGGAAUGGGCUUCUGUACUUCCUUCAGUCGAAUAGGAGGAAUGAUCGCACCAUUUAUUGCGCAGGUAUUAAUGUCUAAGUCUGUGAUUCUGGCCUUGUCACCGUUCGCUGCUGUGUGUGUGUUUUGUGCGGUGGGAGUGAUCCUGCUACCCAUCGAGACCAGAGGACGAGCAUUACUGCAAAAUGCAUGAAACACAUCUGAUGGAGAUGAAGGACUGAUUUAUUAUACUUUUGUAACAAAAUAUGGAUCCAUAUUAAUUAAUUAAUUAUUAAUUAUUUAAUAAUAAAAAAUAAAAAAACA